AUGUCAACCGAGAGUAGUGAUGCACAGAAUGAGUCAACGCGGGCCGGUGGCAAAGCUGUAGGACUCCCAUUGGCCGAGUCAAACCAGCUGGGUUCUGGGCCCGUCCAUAGUACUCCAAGUGCAGACAACAAGGAGUCGGAGGACGACGAUGAAGAAGAGGAAGAUGACGACUACGACCCUACUGCAAAACAAGACGAUGAGGAACAAGAUGAUGAAGAUGAUGACGAUGACGAAGUUGCCUCUCGUGAGGCUGAUUACGCCAAGAUCCAAGCGCAGACUUCGCAAGUGAGGACUAGGCGUCAGCGCCAGAACGAUACCGACAACCAGGCUAGCCGAUUCAUAGCGGGAUUCGAGACCGACGAACGGGGAUUGGUGAAAGAUUUACACUCGUCGGUGGACAUUGACGCCAUCUUCAACGACUUGAAGACCAAACAGGAGGCUGAUGACUGGAGAGAUUUGGCAGCACAAUCAGAGUCUGUCGAGCAGACCCCCAAGGCUGAAGAAUCGCACACCGACGAUUUGAACCCCGAGAAGAUUCAGAUCGAAUCCUCCUAUACUUUUGCAGGACGGCUCAUCACCGAGACGAAGUUGGUGGAUGCUGAUUCGGCAGAGGCCAAGGCUUACUUGAACUCUACUGCUUCCAUCACCAGGGUGCCCGGUCAGAAAACCAUACGGUCGCAUGUUACCGUUCUUCGUACCAUUCCGGGUACUACUGAACCCACUGAACUCAAAAUCAAAUUAAAAAGGCCUUCACUCAUUGACAAGUUUCUCUCCACCUACGGAAGCAAGAAGCAAAAAUUGUCUACGCUUGAAAAGUCUCGGUUGGACUGGGCCAGUUUUGUGGACAAGAGAGAUAUUGCCGACGAGUUGAAGCUACACGGCAAGGCUGGUUAUUUGGACAGACAAGAUUUCUUGGGUCGCGUCCAAGAUAAGAGAGAUAUCGAAUAUCAAAAGGCUAAGGAUCUUGAAAGGCAAAGACAAUGGCAGUUGCAACAGAAGUAA